CAGCCGAGGACAACAGUGGUGGUGAUGGGGGGCGAGCAGGGCAUGGACGUGCUACUUAUGGAUCCUGUCUUUCGCAACACACGCCUGGCUCUCUACAUCACGUCCAUCGCCGCCUCUCCAGACAGGCGUGGUGUGCAAAUUUACCGGCGCUGCCUGUACUGCAAAGCAGGUGACGCUGGAGUGCAUCGACUGUACCGAUGGAGCCUGGACACCGGUGUUCCCAGGAACGUGGACCACUUCUCAGCAAAAUAUAAGGAAGACUUCAACGGCCACCGGUUCCGGGUGGUGACGUUGGCGUACUUCCCGUACAUUAACUACGUGAGUGGGAGUGAUCUUCCAGGCACGGCGGUGCGCCUCACUGACUCCCUCAACACACGCAUGAUGGAAGCCUCGCAAGGCAUCUCAACUUCAGAGGACGGUUUGUGGGGCUUGCGAACCCCGACCGGCAACUGGACAGGCACUGUGGGAACGUUGCAACACGAAAAGGCAGACUUUUCCAUGGACAUCACAUUAACGCCCCAGAGGACUGCCGUGCUGGAUUUCUGUAGAGUCUACAUCGAUGAGGACAUUUCUAUACUGUCGCUGAAGCCAAGGCCUCUUCCCGAAUAUCUGUCACUCGUCAGACCAUUUGAAGGUACGGUGUGGGUGGCCGUGGUGGUGGGCACCAUGGUGUGGAGCACGGCACUGUGGCUGUUGAUGAGUAUCAAACGAAACACAUCAGAGAAGAACCUCCUCAAUCUCUCCUCCUCGCUCUUCUACGGGUGGGGACUGCUGCUGGAGGACCAACCCUACCACCCACCUGCCUUCAGUCCUGGCCAGCUCAUGGUGGGCGUGUGGCUCAUUGCCUGUCUGAUCCUAAGAGCGUCCUACACCUGCUCCCUCAUCUCUCACCUGGUCGUGCAAGGCAAGUCUGAGCCCAUCAACAGUCUGGAGGAGCUGGUGAGGCUGCAGAAGAGCAAAGGGUGGGAGUGGGGCACGCGAACUUUUGACGGCGCCUUCAACAGCCUCCUCACCAUCAGCACCAACCAGGACUACCAUAUUGUCAAGGCACACAUGCAGACGAUGGAUAUGAGUACUGGUAUCAGACGUGUGAUGGACGGUGGCUUCUCCUACAUGCGCAACUAUUACGCAAUAAGAAUACUGAAGGAGACUUAUCACUCAAGGGAGGCAGGCGAUAACCCUUUCCAUAUUUCCACAGCCAGGUACCCUCUGUUUGCUGGGAACACUUGGGCGUUCAGGCGCGGGACACCAUUCAUAACUCGUUUUGACGGUGCGCUGCAACGUUACCUUGAUAGCGGACUGAUAACGCACUGGAUGGAUGACGUCAUCAGUAAACAUAUCAGGGAAGAACGCCAGGAGAAGAAAGCCACUUCCUUAACGACAUCAACAUAUGCAAUGACUGACGGUGGCGAAGUUGUCCUGGGACUGCAACACCUUCAGGCAACGUUCUAUAUCCUGAUCCUGGGCCUCGCCGCGGCUUCCUCCACCUUCAUCCUGGAGCAGGUGGCGGGAAGGCGUUUUUCGUCAUCCGCUGAGCGGCUUGGCAUGUAACCACUGUAGAUUAGAAUGUUAAAUAUGUCAGGCACUUUGGCUGCCAAAUGUUUUAAUGGAAGUUUUCCGUUGCUUUAAGACAGUGUUCGUUACACAUCCUGAUAUUUUACAUAUUUGUUUAAAGAUAUGAUUCAUUGCAGUUCACGUUUACUUUUAGCAUCACAUCCCUCAGCAAAAAGUGCUAGAUUUAGUAUCAGUUAUGAAGGAUACUGGAUUUGUGUU